AUGAAGAACCCUCUCACAUCCUACUCACGUACGAUUCGCCGUGCCUUGCUCCGCCAUCGCAUCAUCCGAACCCUGCUCGUCGUCUUGAUACUAUGGAACUUGGUCGACCUACACUUCAUCCUACGUCUGGUCGGCGAGACAGACGCCGUCUACCGAGACCAACCCCGUCAGACAGAACGAAUCUACAUCGCAAUGGUCAAUUGGAACAAUGAAUACCUCUUGCGAAAUCAUCUGAGCAAAGCCAUCACCGAACUCUCCUGGCGAUUGGGCCCCGAAAACAUCUACAUCAGUAUCUACGAAAGUGGAAGCUACGACAAUACCAAAGGUGCACUGGUCGAGCUCGACGCCGAACUCGAACAGCUCCGAGUACCCCGGAAUAUCACGCUGUCCUAUGUCAGUCACGCGGACGAGAUUGCUGCACCCCCGGACGGUGAGGGAUGGGUCGUCACGCCUCGGGGGAAGAAAGAGCUGAGACGGAUUCCGUACUUGUCGCGUGUGCGGAAUCAUAGUUUAGAGUCGCUGCGGAAGCUGGCGAAGCAGGGAAUCCAUUUUGAUAAGAUAUUGUUUUUGAAUGAUGUUGUUUUCACGUCCAAUGAUGUACUAGAGCUCCUGGAUACCAAUCAUGGGGACUAUGCGGCGGCAUGUUCACUGGACUUUCAAAAGCCCCCGUUUUAUUAUGACACUUUCGCACUUCGCGAUUCUCAAGGCCAUGAGGCUGUUACUUCCAUAUGGCCAUUCUUCCGCGAUGCGUCGUCACGUCGCGCAAUGAAACAGCUGCAGCCCGUGCCGGUCAAAAGUUGCUGGAAUGGAAUGGUUGCCAUGGCGGCUGCGCCUUUCCUCGCCAGCCCGCCUCUUCGCUUCCGUGGUAUACCCGAUUCCUUGGCGUCGUAUCAUCUCGAGGCAUCCGAGUGCUGUCUCAUCCACGCGGAUAAUCCCCUGUCCAAAGAUCAUGGAAUAUACUUGAACCCCCGUGUUCGCGUCGGCUACACGACCGCGGCAUAUGUUGCGGUUAACCCUGCGCUGAACUGGUUGACGCCGCGGUCAGUGCUGCAGGGGUUGUGGUGGAAUCGGAUUCGUCGCUGGACGACGUUUUCGUAUUUCAAGGAGAGUGCGAUCCGCAAGAAGAUUGUUCAGUGGGCACGGUGGUCGCCGGAUCGUCGGGAGGUUGGGGAGUUUUGCGUGGUCGAUGAGAUGCAGAUACUGGAUGUGCGUGGGUGGUAUCAUGUGUAA